GAUACCUCAGGAUACGCCAAGCGCGGUUCUUGCGAGGCUAGUUUGAAUUUUCAAAACAAGACUCAACAGGAAGGCGACUGCCGUGGUGAAUUAGAAAAGCCAGUUUAUUGCGCGACCAUGUCACUGAACAAGGGAUUCCAGGAUCUGGAGGAGUAUGGGGAAAUGUUGGUCCGCACCAUCAAGAGCAGCAAAGUCGAGCACAACCUGCGCACCAUGAGAGAAGGGUACCAACUUCUGUUCGACCUCCACACCAACACAAAGAAAACCAUCACUCAGCUUUUAAGCGAUCUGACGCAUGCAAAGGAGGGAGUGGGGCAGAAACUACUGGCGGUGGAGAGGCAGAAGAGUGAGCUGUCGCAGGAGCUGCAGAGCCUGGAGCAGGACCUGCAGCACAGUGUGGCUAAGAACCAGACCAUGGAGGCCGAGUUGCAGUUCCUGAAGAGGGAGCUGCAGAACCUGAAGGACUCUGAGCGCGAGAUCCAAACCCUGCAGGACGAGGUGGACGAGGACACAACGGAGAUCAUCCCUUCUGCUAUAUACCUCGCCCAGCUGUACUACAAGGUCACUAAGAUUAAGUGGGAGCAUGACAAUAAACCUGGAGUCCUGAAAGGAGUGCAUUACGGAGAAGACCUUGCCACUCCGAUCAACGUCGACCUCUCAUCGCAGUCCAAGUGCUCCGUUACCGACUACCUCUGGAGUUUCGUCGGCACCGAUUGGUAGAAGUUAGGUUUUUUUAUGUCAGUUUUUUGUCUGUUGUAUUUAUGUGUUUGUAUAAUACUAAUAAAAGUGUUCAUUUUUAACACGAUA